AGCACCACCCCGGGGAAUUUGGCCUUUGGCUCCAAUUUGACACCCGUUGGGCCACUGCCUUUUCUUCCCUCAUUUGGCUGAUUGACGGGUUGCAGCAUAUUUGCUCAGUGUGUCUGUGCAUGGUGUGUAAGUCCGUCCUUUUUCCUGGUGGCCCUCGCGUCGCGAUGGUGACAUGUAUCGCUUGGAUGUUUGUGGAAGCGAGGGCGGGUCAUGGUUUCUUUCCCCUCUAUUUCUUAGCCGCCUUGUUCUUUUCUUACUUAUCGUGGUGUUCAUUCUUGGAGGCGCCAGGGAUGGGGUCAAUUGUGGGAGAACGUUCAGUCAAAACUGUUCCUAGUCUGAGCAUUGCCAGGACCGUUUCAGCGGGCGUUUCUAGUUUCAGAAAGUCUACUGGAGAAGACACCAAGUGGCCGAACUCUGAGCAGCUGAUGUCGCACCAAACAGUUUGACCCCGGAUCUCGUCGCAAGGCAGACGGAAUCAGUAGAUUGAUCAUCCAUGGUAGCUGCUUCUGGCUAUCUCAUCUGUAUGACUACCAUUUCCUGGAUGCUUUGAUUCCUGACUGGAACCUACUUCCCCUCAGUGCGGAGGCCAGCCAAACUAUCUUACAUGCGUGUC